CCGCCGGGGUGAAGACCGCUUUUCCGAGGGGGAAAAAAAAAUCGAGAUUCCGUCCCGGCACCGGCCCCCGACUCCAUCCCCGUCGCGCUCGUCCGCGCGAUCCGAGAUCCCGUAGAUCGGCGAGCCGUCGAUCCCGGUCGCCGGAGAGAAUCGCGAGGAGUGCAAUUUCCACGGGAGGGACGCGGGAUGAAAAAAACGCGCGAGAAUGAACGCGAGUGAGUGACCGUAAAGCCGCGGGAUCCAUCGAUCGCCGGGGGAUUGCAACGAGUGUGAGCCGCGUGUGCGAUCAGGAGGGAUUUUCCUCCGCUCCGGAUCUCGCUCCUCCCCGACUCCUCGACCCGUUUGUUUACCGUUUAUCGGGCAAUCCGUUCUCUUUCCGCGCGCGCCUCGCGAGUUUCGUCGGCCCCGAGUGGCCCUCGGGAGCGGUGGGAUGCGUCCGCGGGAAUGCCGCGGGAAUUUUCGGCGAGAUCGCCGGGCGAUCGGGGAAUCCCGGUCGACGUAGGGGCAAACGCUCGAAUUCCCGGAGACUGAGAGUGCGUCGCGGGUGCGAGGAGGGAGGAAACGGCUCGCGCGGGGAAUUUUUGAAAGGUCCGCCUCGCGGAAUAACUGCCUUGGAACGCGGAGGUGCUCCGGGUGCCCGGGAGUGAUUCGAAAUAAAAUUCGGUCCCGGGAUUCCCCUCCGCGGCAGACGGCGACGGUUCAGAAGUGAGUGCCGCGAAAACACAUUGAGUGAAACCCCCGGAUUAAAAUGCUCUCGCCCGCCCGAAUUUCGCCCGCGCGAAAUUGUUGCGCAAGUGGAACAUUGCGGCGUAUCUCUGGCAUUUGAAAAGAGGACCGAGCGCGAAAAUCCGCCGGGGAAAAUAUAUAUAUCGGCCGGGGUGAUCGAGCGGAAGGUUCCCCGCGCUUUUUUCCCCCGAACGUGAUAAACUCUAUGCGAUUUCCGGGGGAGCGGAUAACGCUUCGCCUGUGAGAUCCGAAAGUGCUCCAAUUCGAAUCGGGGCGAGAGCCCCGCGCUCGAUGUAACGGCGGAGAGAUCUUUCUGCGGCGGUGCGUAAAUGUGUCGGCGAGGAUCCGCGUUAAAGCUCUCGGCCUGUCAGGCUCGCGCCGGUGCCCGAUAAGCCCCCCGCGGCCUCGAAUCCUCCGGUUUUAAGUGGCGAACGCGGCCGAGAGCGGCGCGAACUUCCGGGCUCUCGCGCGUAAAAAUGCUUUUAUUUAUGGUGACACGUUGAUGGAACUGUGCAUUCGGACGUUGAAUUUUUGCUGGGAAAAGCGACGAGAGUUACGAAUACAUUAUAGCGGAUAUUCGCUCGCGUUGCGAGGUAAAAAACGAUAAAAUCAGUUGAGAGAGCCGCAGCGGCGAAAUUCUCGUCGAACGCACAUUUUUUAAUUAGAGACACUUACAAUUUGAGAAUCACAGGCGCCCGAGGAGAGCGCGCACAAAUUUCCGCAAGAGACAAAGAACGAGCGAGAGACUCUAAACUGUAUCGAUAAAAGGGCCGAGUUCCGUUGAUAAAAACGUGAAAGCGCAAGGGAUGCCGCGCUCCUCGGUCCACCGCGUUAUUCCGCGCGCGAAUUCUCGAGGAUCUUCCGUGCGGGCGUAGUUCGCCGCGAGCGCGAGGUCACGUCGAGGAAGAGACGUCGCGGCCGAGAUGCCGGCGGCCCGCGAGAGGAAGACGAUUUUCAGCGGGCGACGCCGCCGCGAUCGCGAGUGACGAUGCAAAAUUCGUGAGGGACAAAAUCCCGCGUCGUACGGAGCCGCGAGUAACGUCCCGGGGGAGUGUUUGAAAAGUGUUACGUCGCGGAGUAGCGGGGAAAAUAACAGUGUCGCACGCUCGAACGUACGGCGACCUGUAAAAAUACAGCCGCAAUAACAGUAACGUCCCGGUGCUCCCUUACGUGACCGGACGAGGCGUGUUCUGGAAAACGAUUACGCCGAGUGCCGGGGCGAAAAGUGUUCGCGGGACUCAGGCACCGGAUGACCGUUUGACGUACCCUCCGCCGUGCAAUUGCAGUUUUCGGACGGUUAAAGGUGUCGCGAGACGCGGAGAUAACAGUAACGCGAAGAUAACGGUGACAUUAGAGCGCCCUCCUCGCCGAAAUGUCUUUGGCGAGCGCGAGUUCGCGGUGCGGAGUGCAAUCGUGAUUACUCACCCCCUUCCCCGUGCAACUUUUUAUCGCGCGUUUUAUCAACGUAAUUAGUCGCUCUUUGGGCGCGUAUCGGACGUGCAUCGGGACGAAAUUGCGGCAUGCGUCGUACGUAAAUUGUUAUACGAGCACGGAACGUAUAUGAGGAGCGUCACGGAGUUACGCAAUUAGACGAAGGGUAUCGCGAAUGUGGCGAAAAUAAAAGAGGGGAUUACAUUGUGCAAUUAGUGCUGAAAUACGGGGCAAAAGGAAAAGUCGCGGCGAGAGAUCGUCCGAAAUACGGAGUCGCGCGGCGCGUAUCCCGAAACGAAAUUAUGCACGGAGAAUGAGAAAGAGGAGGAGGAGGAAUAUAAUCGCGAAAAUAAAAUUUGCUUUUUCCCCCCGCGAUCGAUAGUAGUCAAGAUAAACUCGUAAUAUACGAUACGCGCGACCGGCUGUAACAAUAUUGACGCUGGCAACGAGUGUAACUCUUUGUCUCUCUCUCUCUCUUCUCGUCAUCGUCGAUUACACGCUUUUCGGCGUACGCGGAAAGCUGCAGCCGCGGGCGGGAAAGUGUUGACGCGCGCGGUGCGUUUUAUUAAUUUCCCAUCGCAAAGUUCCCCGCGAGGUACGGUCGAAAUUGGAGCAACGCGACAGCUGCGUGUCGUGAGGGAGGAUCGCGCGCGACGUCGCGGAGGAAAGUAAAAUAUGCAUGCGGGCAAAAGUGUCCGUCGCAUGCCCGACGAGAGCGCGGCGGAAUUUCUUUAAUAAAUCGCUAUCGUCCUCGCGCGCGAGUCGCCAUGCGUUCCCGGGCGGGGAACCGUUAAACGCUCUCAAGUGUCGAGGAUUGUCGCGACUCGAGAUCGCGACUGCCGCCUCGUCGGGAAUCGAUCGCGCCCGUAAGAGAUCGAAGAGUUGUCGGGCGGAAGCUGUGCCGGAAGUGGUUGGAUACUACGCAGCGAGUGCUCCGAGGGCUUGUAUCCCCUUUCGGUUGCGUUCACGUCGCACCCGACUCGAUUUCGCGCUAUUGUCUCUCGAUCGUUCGACUCGAUGUGUUUCUCGUGAAAAGCGAUUUCCCCGAUCGUGUGCACUUGAGGGAGAAGAGGAGCGCGACUUGUCCGAAGGAUUUCCAUGGAAUAGCCACUCACGAUGACCAAUACGACAUUUUUUCGCGUCAUCCUGGCGCUCUUGGGGGGCACGCACGUUUUGUGCUCACAGCCGUCGGCGUCUCCAACUGUGAAAACCGGUGGUUCCAGUAUCGCCAGCGUGGUAGCAGGGAGCAAGCCGACGAGAUCCUGGGACAAACCUCAAUUCGACGAUAUUGCACCGCGAAAUGUCACUGCCAUCGUCGGUCAGACAGCGGAGCUGAAUUGUCACGUCAAACAUCCGGGCGACCGUGUGAUCUCCUGGAUACGUAAGAGGGAUUUGCAUAUCCUGACGUCAUCGACCCUCGCUUACACGGGGGACGCAAGAUUUUCCGUUAAGCACCCGGAAUCAUCCGACGAAUGGACGCUGAGGAUCGAGUAUGUCCAACCACGGGACGCCGGGGUUUAUGAAUGCCAGGUUAACACCGAGCCCAAAAUGAACUUAGCCUUCAUGUUAAAAGUCGAAGAAAGUGCCCCUGUCCCUGCCAUCACCACACCAAACGCCAUUCACCGGACGUUCAACUCAGCCGCUCAGGCGACGAUCCUGGGGCCGGAGGACGUCUACGUGAAGAAAGGUAGCACGAUAAGCCUCACGUGCGAAGUGAAUGUGCGAAGUACACCGCCCAGUAGCGUUUCCUGGCAUCACGGAGUGGCCGUAGUGGAUUUCGACAGUCCCAGUGUACACCGCAGGGGCGGGGUUUCCCUGGAGACGGAGAAAACGGAUACUGGGACGACGAGCAGACUACUGGUGACACAGGCCAGAUUGACCGACAGCGGAAAUUACACCUGCAUCCCCAGCAACGCGAAUCCAGCGAGCGUAAUGGUCCACGUGCUGAAUGGUGAACAUCCGGCGGCGAUGCAGCAUGGCGGCAGCUGUGGCGUGGCUCCGACCAUUUUGCUCGCCAGCAUCACCCUCAUAAUCGCGAACCUGUUAAGGUGAGCAGCCGCGUUGUGAAUCGCGCAACCUAAAGAAAAGAGUAAGAAAGAAAGAAAGUCAAACGUGUCAACGGUCGGGAGAGACAAUGUCCGAAGUGAGCGCGGCGAUCGACGGUCGCGAAAAUGGUACACGCUCGGAAAAAUCGCCCGGCCGACCGCGAUAGAUCGCUUUAGCUCACGCCUCGCCGUUACACGCUGCGCGUAUCCGUUCGCCGAGUGCUCGGAAGCGACGACAAGAGAAUCACAGUGCGGACCGAAGUGCAGUGGACCAAAGCUCUGUGAAGGACGCGGUGACGUGGCGGAUCUUUAGCACGUACGUUUUUAACACGAAAACCUUUCACAGACUCUCCAUUCUUUUGUAUAAAAUCGUGUUAAACGCAUCGCGGCAAAAAGUGUCGAAUUAUUCUCCACAUCUUUGGUAGCACGGUUGAGCGUUCGCCAAAGGGACUCUCUUACACUUGUGCUUUUUGUAUAAUUAAAACGGUAUGUUAACCGUGCCUCAACGAAUUUGCGUGGGACUCUUUCUCUAGUGAUGAAAAAAAAACUGCUCAUCUCGUGAUUUCGUUGCGAGGAUCCCGUUAGAAUUUGUAUUUUAACUAAUUCAAUAAUGGCCUCGUAGUAUCCUUAUGUAAUGUCGAUCGCAGAACGACGCUGUACUGUACUCGUUACAGAGUCGGGAUCGAUUGCAUUGAUCUGUUACGAUUGCCAACGCUCUCGAAUCGAGUAUCGAUGGCUGGAUCCGUUCGAUGGCUACGAAAUUAAUGGUUACAUAAAUCGAGAUUUAUAAUCUAACGAUUAUCAGUUAGUUGCGUAAUAAUUAUCAGGUGAUUAAGGCUGUUGUACAUAAAACGAGUAACGAGCAUGUUAGGGUUUGCCGUGAACUUGUACAGUACAAUGCACGUGCGAGAAUUGCCGUGACCGAUAAUCGUUUCUUGUCGUUCGAUCUGGGCAAUAUUGUACAUAGCUUGUGUCAUUGGUUAUAACAUAAUUGUAUGGUACGCAUACAAUCGUAAAUUUGCGAAAAUUCUAACUAAGCCUUGUGCCUCGGGCCUUGCGCAAUUCAGCGUCUCGAGCGUGCCAGAUAUUUUUCCUACAUCCCCUGAGUUGUAUAUGCACACUACGCAUAAUAAUUUUGCCCAGAUUUGACUCUUUCGGUUUUCGAUGAAAACAUAGACACGAUAUCUAUUGUUGAAAAAUAAUUGCGUUGUUAAGGGAUUGACUGCUAAAGUGAGAGUGAUGCAACGAUUCGUUUUUUCAAAAGAUUGUGCAAAAUUAUUUGCAAUCAAACUGUAGGUAAAAUCAAAUUUUCACAGUAUUAAUUAAUAUUAACAUUUGCUAUGUUAAUAUAACGAUGACAUACUAUUGACGAAAAUCAAACUCGUUGUUUGCAGUCUUCUAAUGCGCGAAAAAAUUAUUUGGGUAGUCGAAAAUUAUACGAACAAAUUUUUUCUAAUAAAGUUUUAAUUGAUUUAUGUUAUUCACGUAAACAUUUUUUCUUGAAUUUACGCUUUGAAUAACUGUUUAAUAUUAGCGAAUCUGUAAGAGUUUAAUUUUUUUAAAGCACAUGUGAAAUACAGAAAGAUAAUUUUUCGAAACAAGUUUCUAAUUUAUACAGGAACACUUGUGCGACGGAACAACUGGUCCUGUAUGGAAAUGAAAUGAAUUUAAUGCAAAAAUGUCACGUUUCCAUUAAUUUUGAUUUGACUUUUGCGUGAGUUAAUCGAAUGAGCCGUGUUGAAGACGUUAGCACGAACAAAUUGAUUUUGAUUUUAUGAAAGAAUUUAGAAAAAAAUUCUACGUUAAAUAUUAUUGCUUCUAACAUGAGGGGAGAGUAUUUAUAGUACAGUAUACGGACUUAUACCAUCGAAGAGAAAACCAGAACUAAUCACUUUAGUAAUGGUAAUAGGUAGGUUGGUUCUCGAUAUGUUUCUGUUUGUUUAGUUCAAACAGAAUUGUUUCAGCUAAACGAUUCGUUACGUCGAUACGUGUCUUGCUUGAUUGUUCGAUAAUCAAAAUGCAAUUUGUCGAAGGUAAUAUUCCUCCUCCAAACAGGUCAUUUCAUUCUUAAUUCGUUUGCAAAUUUUGCUUUGAGAAUAUCAAAAUGUUUUUCGAAAAACAAAGUGCGUCAAAAUUAAUUCAUCGCUUAAUCAAAAGCUAAUCAAACGAAUAACGAACGUUAUAUUAAAAUGUAUUAUAAAGCUCGUGUAUAGAUAAGUGAAUAUGAAAAGAUAAUACGUAAAUAUAUUUAAAUAGGUCAAUAAUAAGCGUUCGUUAUGUAUCACGAUAAUAGUACGGAAAGUAUAAUUCGAAAGAUCGAAAUGUAAUUAAAAGUUAAAUAAAGGUUCCUUUGCAGAACUAACAAAAA